AUGAUUGUUUUGAAAAUUACCUUCUGCGACUCUCUCAACAAUGUCAGCUUUUGGGGAAUUAAACCUAAAGCUUGUGAUUCUUGGUUGUGGAGGAGUCUGUUAAAGCUUAGGGAGCUGGCUGAGAAAUUCAUCAAGUGCAAUAUUGGUAAUGGGGCUGCAGCCUGGUUUUGGUUUGAUAAUUGGACUCCAUUAGGGCCUUUGAUAAAGUUUAUGGGCGAAGGUGGGCCUCGUGCUCUCAGUAUUCCCAUCGAAGCAAAGAUCUCCUCCGUUUAUGAUCUGCAGGAGUGGAAGCUUCAGCCACCAAGAUCUGACAAAGCACUGGCGCUUCAUGUCCACUUAUCUACCCUUACUCCGCCUAACACGCUUGACAGGGACGACUGCUAUGCUUGGGAGAUAGGUGGUAAAAACUGUGGUGGCUAUAAUGCAGGCAGAACUUGGGAGGUGCUUCGCCCUAGAAGCACUAUAAAGAGCUGGGCGUCUACCAUCUGGUUCAAAGGUUCUACGCCCCGUCACGCGUUCAAUAUGUGGAUAGUUAACUUGGAUAGACUUCCCACAAAGUGCAGGCUCGCCUCCUGGGGUAUGCAGGUCUCAACUCACUGCUGCCUCUGCUCCUCUUCUAGUGAAACGAGGGCUCAUCUGUUUAUUGACUGCACCUACACUAAGGUAAUUUGGUCGUUCAUCUUCUCUAAGCUUCAAAUCACGAAUCUGAGGCUGAGUAGUUGGAAUGAGCUGAUGAAGUGGGCAGCAUCGAGAAGCACUAGCUGUCCCCAGACGUUGCGGCUUCUCAUCGUUCACGCCCUAGUCUACACAGUUUGGAGACAGCGAAACAAUCUGAUUCACAACCAGAUCACCAUUCCGCCAGCUACGAUUUAUAAAGAUAUAGACCGGCAAAUCAGAAACUCAAUCACGGCUAGAUCUCACAUGAAGAAGUUCAGGAAUCUCAUGCCUUUAUGGCUGCGAUGA